GGGCUGCGGGUGUGCUGGAGGGGAGCCUGCGCCCAAGCUGGGUGAGAGGCACGUAGUCGGGCACAGGGAUCUGGCGGAAACCUUAGGAUCCGGAUUGGGGUGAGGAUGGGGUGGGGGUGGGAGGACCACGCUCACGAGUUUCUCUCCCCUUGUCCCCGGCCGCCCGCUCCCGGUGGUUCACGUGGGCUGCAGGUGCAACAUGUCUAGGCUGGGGGUCUUGGGCGGCGCCCAAGCCGGGUUGGUACUGUUGCUGGGCACCGCCGCGGGCCUUGGAUUCCUGUGUGCGCUUUACAGCCAGCGGUGGAAGCGGACCCGGCGCCAUGGCCACAGUCAAAGCCUACCUAACUCCCUGGGCUACACGCAGACCUCAGAGCCAGGACGCCAGGUGAGGCCUUUGCGGGCAGGCCCCGGGGAGGCUGGAGAUGCUGCGGUGCUGGCCAGCGUUCCGCGAGAAGGGCAGGAGGAGGUGCUGGAGCGCCUGGACUUCGUGCUGACCGGGCUGGCAGCUCUGCGGCGCGAGGUAGAGGAGCUGCGGAGCAGCCUGCAGGGCCUGGCCGGCCAGAUCGUUGGGGAGAUCCGAUCCCACAUGGAAGAGAGCCAGAGAGUGGCUCGGCGGCGAAGGUUCCCGUUUGCCCGGGAGAGGAGUGACUCUACUGGGUCCAGCUCUGUCUACUUCACAGCCACCUCGGGAGCCACAUUCACAGAUGCUGAGAGUGAAGGCGGUUAUACCACAGCCAAUGCUGAGUCUGACUAUGAGCGGGACUCUGACAGAGAAAGUGAUGAUGGGGGAGAUGAAGUGAGCUGUGAGACUGUGAAGAUCGGGAGAAGGGACUCUCUGGACCUGGAGCUGGAGGUGGCAUCAGGCCCGGUGGCCGGAGCCCUGGACACUGCAGGCUCCCUGGGCCUGGAGGAUGUGCUGCCCCUCCUGCAGCAGGCGGAUGAGCUGCACCAGGGCGGCGAGCAGGACAGGCGGGAGGGCUUCCAGCUGCUGCUCAACAAUAAGCUGGCGUAUGGAAGCCGGCAGGACUUUCUCUGGCGCCUGGCCCGGGCCUAUAGUGACAUGUGUGAGCUCACUGAAGAGGUGAGCGAGAAGAAGUCAUAUGCCCUAAAUGGAAAAGAAGAAGCAGAGGCUGCCCUGGAGAAGGGGGAUGAGAAUGCUGAAUGUCACCAGUGGUACGCGGUGCUCUGUGGUCAGCUGGCUGAGCAUGAGAGCAUCCAGAGGCGCAUCCAGAGUGGCUUUAGCUUCAAGGAGCAUGUGGACAAAGCCAUCGCUCUCCAGCCAGAAAACCCUAUGGCUCACUUUCUCCUCGGCAGGUGGUGCUACCAGGUCUCUCACCUGAGCUGGCUAGAAAAAAAAACUGCUGCAGCUUUGUUUGAAAGCCCUCUCAGCGCCACUGUGCAGGAUGCCCUCCAAAGCUUCCUGAAGGCUGAAGAACUACAGCCAGGAUUUUCUAAAGCAGGGAGGGUAUAUAUUUCCAAGUGCUACAGAGAAGUAGGAAAAAACUCUGAAGCUAGACAAUGGAUGAAGUUAGCCCUGGAGUUGCCAGAUGUCACCAAUGAGGAUUCGGCUUUCCAGAAGGACUUGGAAGAACUGGAAAUAAUUUUAAGAGAAUAAUCACAUUUCAGUGGCCUUCAUGACUUGAGGGAGACUGCCCUGCUUAGAUCAUCAGGAAUCUAAGACUGCUUAAGUGAUGGUCCUGACUCCUGGGUCUGACUGGUAUCCAUAACCAUUCCCCAGUUUCUUUCCCACUGCCCACUGGUUAAUUUAUUCUAAUCCCUUAUUUUAUCUGAAAUUGGGGAAGUACUUAAGGCCUGGAUUUCUAUAGUUGUCUUAAGUGAAUUCUUGAAAAAUCAAGAUAUAUAUAUAUAUAGCACUGACGGCUGCCUUCAGCCUACUGAUGAGGUAGGUGAACUUCAAAGAGCUCUAAGAACAAAACAGAACUUGUAUUCGCUAAUCUUUUCUAUUAAUAUUUAAAACCAAACUAUAUCGUUCUUAUACCCUAUCAGGGUAAAAGGAAAGGUCAGGGCAGCCCAUGGAUAUUGCCCUCUUAUCUAUCAUGUGGAUUCUAACUGUAUUCCUGGGCUGAGGAGCUGAACCACUGCACUUCCAGAGUCCCGGCAGCUUUUGGAAGGACACCAGUGCAUAAGGCUUAUGAGACUGUGAAACAAUGAUCUUAAGGAGUUGCCUGGAAUAUAUUUUGGUAUAAACCUGAAAUAAACCAAAUUUGACUAUA